GUCACCAGGCAGCCAGGUAGCUGCUCCUCCGCUGGAUCGCCAUGCCAGCAGUCAGUGCUUUGGAGUUCCACCUGCAAGACGUCCAGAUGGCCAUGAAGAGAAGAUACGUGAAGCGCCUGGUGCGCAAGGUGAUCCUUCUCCUGGUUGGCAUCGCCUGCGUUUCCCUGGUCACCAGUUGGAUAGUUGAGCGGCGGAUGAGACAGACCGAUGCAGAUUCGGCGGAAAAACUCGACCCGAAUGGGGAUCCCGUGACCCCCUUUUUCAGGGCCGCCAAUGUGCAACCCACUCGGAAGGCUCCACGACCUCCGUAUCAGGAUCGCAAUUCUGUGAGAGAACUGCCCAAAAGCGACAAGCUUGUGGGUUUCCGGUUGCCGGAACCGGAAGGAGAGCGCAAGGACUGGCACGACUACGCGGCCAUGGAGGCGGAAAAGAGGAGAAUCGGUUUGGGUGAGCACGGAGUGGCAGCGCACAUCGAAAACCCGGAUGAAAAGGAGCUGGAGGCGGAGAUGUCCUAUAUGAACGGAUUCAAUGGCCUCCUGUCGGACCGAAUAUCCAUCAACCGAUCUGUGCCGGAUGUCAGACUUGAAGCUUGCAAAACCCGGAAGUAUCUGGCAAAGCUUCCCAACAUCAGUGUGAUUUUCAUAUUCUUCAACGAGCACUUUAACACCUUGCUGCGAUCCAUCUAUAGUGUGAUAAAUCGCACUCCACCGGAAUUGCUCAAGCAAAUUGUUCUCGUGGAUGAUGGCAGCGAGUGGGAAGUGUUGAAACACCCAUUGGAUGACUACGUGGAGCAGCACUUUCCCCAUCUGGUGACAAUAGUGCGAUAUCCGGAGAGGCGAGGUCUAAUCGGAGCGAGGAUAGCAGGAGCCAAAGUGGCGAUCGGGGAAGUUAUGGUCUUCUUCGACUCCCACAUCGAAGUUAACCAUAAUUGGCUUCCCCCUCUGAUCGAACCCAUUGCCAUUAACCCCAAGAUCUCCACUUGCCCCAUUGUGGAUAUUAUUGCGCAUACUGAUUUCGAAUAUAAAGGUGGAUAUCAGGAAGGUUCUCGUGGGGGAUUCGACUGGAAAAUGCUGUACAAGCAACUGCCUGUUUUGCCCGAGGACUCUGUGGACAAGUCCAUGCCCUUCAGGAGUCCCGUGAUGAUGGGCGGCCUGUUUGCCAUCAACACGGACUUCUUCUGGGAUCUGGGUGGCUAUGACGAUCAGCUGGACAUCUGGGGUGGGGAGCAGUACGAGCUGAGCUUCAAGAUCUGGAUGUGCGGAGGCAUGCUGCUGGAUGUGCCCUGCUCCAGGGUGGCGCACAUCUUCCGAGGACCCAUGAAACCAAGAGGCAAUCCCAGGGGGCACAACUUUGUUGCCAAGAACCACAAGCGCGUGGCGGAGGUUUGGAUGGAUGAGUACAAGCAAUAUGUGUACUCCCGCGAUCCGACGACCUACGACAACCUGGAUCCGGGCAACCUGACCCGCCAGCACGGGAUUAGGGAGCGGCUGAAGUGCAAGAGCUUCCACUGGUUCAUGACCGAGGUGGCCCCCGAUUUCCUGCUCAAGUUCCCGCCGGUGGAGCCGCCGUCCUACGCCUCUGGCGCCAUCCAGAGCGUGGAGUUCCCGAUCUACUGCCUGGACAAUAUGGGCCAGGGCACCGACAAGGCGGUGGGAAUGUUCAGCUGUGCGGACAACAAGACCCAUCCGCAACCCAACCAGUUCUGGGAGCUGGGGCCCCAUCGAGAUCUGCGGAUGAGGGACUCCGACUCGGUGUGCCUGGAUGCCCACGAGGCGCCGCCAAAUGCCACCGUCUGGCUGUGGAGCUGCCACAGUCAGGGUGGCAACCAGUUCUGGUACUACGAUCGCAAUAGGCAGUGGCUGGUUCAUUCCCGCAAUGGCGAUCGCUGCAUGGAGGGAUUCGUGGAGAACGGCGUUGCCAAGGUGGUGACCAAUAUGUGCAGCCAGGACAAUCCACGACAGCGCUGGCAGUUCGGAUUCGUGAACAACACCAUGAUGGACAAGUUCUACGAGGGAUUGGUGUAGUCAUCUUCCGAGUGAACCAAACCACACCCAUUUAAACAAACCACAGCCACAUGUCGAUCAGCUAAGUUCGGGGACCUCCAUCGUCACGGGUUUAGUUCAUUGAUCGUUGUGAAGGUUUCAGAAAAAGUUCGCCAAGUAAAUUCCAUUUUUCCAUUAAUUCUUGCCCCAUGCAUUAUUGAUAUAUAGCUGCGGAAAGUGAAAGAUCUGGACGACCAGAUCGCAAUCACAGCGAAGAUUCUUUCUGAUUGCAAGCCACAGAUUCUGCUCUUUAUUCGCUGUAUAUACACUACUAUAUGUAGGUAUUAUGGUUUCGAUGAGAUCUUUAGUAACAUUUUGAAGUUUAGAAUUUCUUUAUAAAGUAUUGUACGCAUUUUCUCAAUGACAAUAAAAUUAAUUAAAAGGGUAA